GUUGGGUUGCAAAGGAGCUGGGGAUCAUCCACUUCCAGCCGCUUGCCAUGGGCAGGGAUGCCGUCCAUAGAGCAGCUUGCUCCAAGCCUGCCUUGAGCACUGCCAGGGAUGGAGCAUCCAAACCUUCUCCAUCCAUCCCAUCCCAGUACCCCAGCGCCCUCAUAGGGAAUCCCUUCCCUAUCUCCACCCUGCAAUUCCCCGUCGGAACCCAUCACCCCUUGUCCUACGCCUCUAACCCCUGCUCUUCCACUGCCUCCCAGCUUCACCACGGAUUGGUUUGUGAUGGUCGGAAUCACGGACCUGGCUCGGGCCAAUUCCGAGACCCAGAAGCGUUGGAUCCGGCAGGUCGUGGUCCAUGAAUAUUACACCGGCAUCUCCGGCGGCUUCGACAUCGCCUUGCUGGAGCUGGACCAGCCGGUGCAGUGCGGCUACCACGUGCAGCUCGCCUGCCUGCCCGAUGCGACGCUCAGGCUAUCCCAGCUCUCCGAGUGCUUCGUCAGCGGAUGGGGCGCGAGGGAGGCCAGAACGGGGGCAUCGUCCCCAUCAGCCCUGCAGGAGGCCAAGGUCCCCCUCAUCGAUGUCAAGCUCUGCAAUAGCAGCCAAUGGUACCGAGGGGCCAUCAAGAGACACAACCUCUGCGCUGGGUACCCGCAGGGUGGCAUCGACACCUGCCAGGGUGACAGCGGCGGUCCCCUCAUGUGCCGGGACAAGCGCGCCAACUUCUACUGGGUUGUGGGGCUGACGAGCUGGGGCCGCGGCUGCGCCAGGGCCAAGAAACCGGGGGUCUACACCUCGACGCAGCACUUCCACGACUGGAUCCUCUACCAGCUGAGGACGUUCCGCUCCGCGGCAGCCUCCGCGACGCCCCCGACAUGGAGCCACCAGCACGUCUCCCAUACCCCCGUCCAGGAGACGAUGCCGGCGCCCACGGCCUCCAGCACCAGUGGCUUCUGCUACUUCCCAGUCCGGGUGCUGUUGGAAUUCAUCACUCGGGUGCAGGAGUUGCUGCAGGCUCUAAGGGGGGAGAAGUCUUGAGGAGCGGCAUCGCUUGCACGUGGCUCGAGCUUCAGUAAAGUUGCCUUAUUUUCCCACAGAGAGGAUGCUUUGCAUGCCCACCUCUUCUUCUGGUCCAUGGGGAGG